CGUACUUCGGUGUGGAGUCGGAGUGGUGGCUGUUUCGAGCUUGCCGGAUAGCUUGUCCAUAAGCGCCGUUGUGUCGACGACGACAGGUGGAGUGGCGGGCAGACGAGGACAAUUGAACGUCUUGCGUGAUCUUUUUGAGACAAGUGCGUCGUGAGGAAGGAGAACAUGGUAGACGCGGCACAGCCACCCGGCGUGUUUGCGAUGGACGCCGAUAGCGAGAUGUUGGACAUUUGGAACCGCUACUAUGUUUGCUCUGAGGAAGAGGCUGAAGCGCGCCUAGCACAGAGAAGACAAGCCCGGGCUGAAGCCAGGGCAAUCCGUCUGAGGGAGUUGGAGAAGCAGGCCAGAGAGAACGACGAACAGCUCGACAGGCACUAUGACAGCAGCAGCGAGCCAGUCCGGCCUGUUCGAACGUCACGAGAGGGCCGCACUUCGUCUUUUGUAUCCAGUUCCUCAUUCUCGAGCUCCAGGCGGAGCAGCGAGGACUCCACGGAGGCCCUCGACGGACGAGACUUUAGGCACCAGCUACAAGAGGUGGAGGAGAGCUUUCGCAAGGCGAUGAUCAGCAACGCCCAGCUGGACAAUGAGCGGACGGCGCUGGCCUACCACGUGGACACGCUCAAGGACGACAUGGAGGAGAUGGCCGAGAACUACCUCCAGGUCCAGAGGGACUUCCGGGAGAAGGCACGGGCAUUGGACCAACUGAUAAGAGACUUCCGCAAGCUCAAGGAGGAGAAUGCCUUUCUCGAGGAGAGUCUCAAGCAGAGGGACGAACUCAUCGAGGACCAUGGGCUGGUCCUUGUUGGUGCGGCGGAGCUGCUCAACGGCGACGGAGACUCGUCUUCGGCGGGCAGCAGCAGCCGCAGUUCCCCGGAGAAGCUGGUCCUGGUGCCCAAGGCCCAGGCCGCCAAGGCCGCGUUGGUCUCUCAGGAGGCGGCCCAGCUCCUGGACCAGGCGGGGGACGGAUCGCUCGAUGUCCGACUGAAGCGGUUUGCCCAAGAAAAGCAAGAGCUCCAGGAUGAGAUCAACCGAUUGCGGCUGGACCUGUCGGAGGAGCGCGAGAAGGUGGCGCGCAUGGAGCAGAUCUCGCUGGUGCACGGCCCACAGACCAACGGGCCCGAGAUGAGGCUCAUGGAAGUGCAGAGGGAAGCGAACAAACAGGUGGACGACUACAAGUACAAGUUGCGCAAGGCAGAGCAGGAGAACAUGACACUUCAGAGCAGCGUGGCUCGGCUGGAGACGCAGGUGUCUCGCUUCAAGACCACCAUGGAGGAGGCGGAGAAGCUAGAGGACGAACUCAAGGCCGACAAGCGCAAGCUUCAGAGAGAGCACCGAGAGGCCCUUGCCAGGAUCGAAGAGCUCGAGACAGCCAACAAGCACCUCCAGAAGCGGAUAGACAAGCUCAAGUCGGCCCGGAAUGCCCUCAAGUGAAGCAGAAGGGCUGUGCCACGCCCACUCGUCCUCCGACACGCGUCGGCUCGACGACCACCACGAGAACGGCACCCGUCUCUGCGCAGAGGCUCAUAUCAAGCGGGAAUGAGUACGGCACGGACGCGCGCGUACACGUGCGGAGCUUUGGGUUCGUCUCGUUUUUUCAGUGGGGCAUUGUAUCGGGGACGUGGCGAAACGCGUCGCGAAGCUGCGUAGCCGACGAAGAUGGAGGCAGACGGUACGCGAACCAACGAAAAGAGGACGGGCGUCGUCGAAAGAGACGCGAGGGAUACGGCGCCCCUCGUCCUCCUGUACAAAAAAAAGAAAAAAAGCAAGCCGUGAAGUUUGUGUAACCUUGUUUUUUUUUUCUUCCUAAGUUAUUAGCGCUUUUCUUUUUUGCCCUUCUCCUUUUCGCGUGACGCCGAAAGCACGCCCGGAAAGUUGGAGAGGAGGAGAGUGCGGGAACACAGUGCGAGGUUGUCUCUUUUUCCUUCCUCCGCUUUGUUCCGACCUCCAUUUUCCUCUCUUUUCUGUUUGGUGACGUGUUCGUUUGUGUGUGUGCAAGUCCCUCCGUCUUUUUAAAAGAAGUGCCAUUUUUUGGGAAAGGGGAGAGCAUGGAUGGGAAACUGGAUUUAUUGUUUUUUCUUUUGUUUGCUGUCCUCCGGCAUUCUCUUUAUCUUAAUAUCGAGAAUUUUCCACCAAACUCCUCAGCGGGAAUUCAUUCUCCCGAUCGGCUCGCCCUUUCCCGGCUUUUUAAAAACGAUUUGUCUCGGGCGUUGUAAUCAAAAGGGAGCUUUGUGGAACGGAGUUCCUCUUUUUUUCGCUUGUGUCGCAAACGUGUGCUUUGUGGAGCCGCCCUUUUUUUUUGUUUCCUCCGUCGUUUAGUUUAUUUCGAGACUAACUUUACCAUCCUGGGGGGCGCAUACCUGCAUUCCCCAUGAUUACGCAAUGUCUGUGCCACGAGGGAAAAGGGGUUUGGACGCGCCGCCAAGCCCACACCCCCGCGCGUCGACUAAAACAGCAACACGCCACAUCGAUCGGAUCUCUUGCGAGAUCGAAAAGCGUACUGCGACACCUCGGAAGUAUGCAAAGCGUACGCAAAGCUUACAAACGCUGCACCUCCGUCCCGAAUUUGGAAGUGUGCGCAUCGGCAAUCCUAGCAAACGCGAGUAGUGCAUAUACCUAGACCGAUUUGUUCGUCGGGCGUUGGUGUCUGGGUAUUUUUCUACAGCAUAAAUGGAUGUGAGAGCGUAAAAAAAAAAAAAAAGAAAGCGAUCCCAACAAACCUACGCAUGCUCCCAUGAACGGUGAAAAUAGUAAUAAAAGAAGUAAUAAUGCA